AGCACUAUCAUUCCGAGCAGACCUGAUCACAGUGCAAAGUAACCUCGAUCGUGUCGGACUGUUCUUGAAAAAAAAAUCGUUCUGUUGGAGGAUUGCACCAGAAUGGCCAAACUCGCGAUUUUGACGAUAUUCACUCUCGUGGCUGUGGUAAUGGCUGAUCAUCAUGACGGAGGUUCUGCCGGUUUCGGCCAAGGUAGCUAUGGUAAAAGUGGUUAUGAGAAGAAAGGUUUAGGUGGAGGAGGUCAUGGUCAACAAGGGUUUGGUCAAGGUGGAGGACAUGGUAAAGAUGGAUUUGGCGGGCACGGAGGAGGUCAUGGUCAACAAGGAUUCGGUCAAGGUGGCCAUGGGCAACAAGGAUUCGGCCAAGGUGGCCAUGGGCAACAAGGAUUUGGCGCAGGAGGAGGACAUGGACAGAGCGGCGGUCAUGGAUUUGGACAUGGUCAGCAUGAUGGCGGACAUGAACAUGGUCAUGGUCAUGGAUAUAAAAAACAUGGAUAUUAAAAACAAAACCAAGCUAAUAAAGUUUGAAUGAACCUAGU